AUGAAGAGCCUCCUAAUAGCAAACACGCCGGCCGAAGAGAUCAUGCACGAGUUGGAGCUCACCUUCGGUCGACCGAACAACAUAGCAGAAGUCGAAAUAGCAAAGCUGCGGAGUCUUCCACCACCGAAGGACACACCGGGGGAGUUCUGCAGAUUCGCCACAGCCGUCAAGAAUAGCAUCGUAUCAUUGAAGACGUUGAAGAAGGUCAACUUCCUAUACAACCCGGAAGUGGCGAAGUUAUUAAUAGAAAAACUACCGCCGAACAUUCGACAUAGGUGGUAUGUCUACUGCCAGCAGCAAGCCCACGAAGACGUACCGGAUUUAGUACAGUACUACAACUUCGUGAAGAUAGAAGCUGAAAUUUAUAGCGUAAGCGCCGAACCCAUGAAGAUAGCAAGCAUGGACGACAAACCGAAGCCGUCGGAAAGUCGUCGUGUUCAAAUCCGUCCGCAGCGAACACAUACAGCGAGCAAGACGGACAGCCCACCCCGCCACAAGCCAACGUGUCCCGUGUGCAAAUCAAAUUCGCACACGGCGGCGCAACAGUGUGAAAAAUUCAAGAAAGAAAAUAGCUACGGGCGUUGGGAAAUAGCGAAGGCGCAACGUCUGUGUUUCCGAUGCCUACAAUAUCGAACACAGACACAUAACUGCAAGACGAAGACUUGCGGAAUAGAUGACUGCCCACGUAUGCAUCACAAAUUGUUGCACUACAGGGCAGCGAGCGAGACACAGAAGACAGAGACAGCAACAGUAUCGACAGGCGUCUCGCUCACACGUUCGCCGCGCAGUUAUCUCAAAAUACUGCCGGUGAAAAUAGUCGGACCGCGGGCCAGCAUCGACACUUUCGCCCUCCUCGACGAUGGAUCUACCGUCACCCUCAUAGAUGAGGAAAUAGCCACAAGAGUCGGCGCGGAGGGGCCGACAGAACCACUGAAAAUAGAAGCACUGGCCGGCGCAACGGUUCGAACAAAUAGUUCGAGACGCGUAACUCUAACGUUAUGCGGACCAGAAGAAGAGUAUGAGAUCUCCGCCAGGACAAUGAAGGGACUCAAACUCGCCAAACAGCAAAUAGAAGAAAGGGAUAUCCGACGAUGUCAACACCUGGCUGGCAUCAAGACGAUACUGUGUUACCACGACGCCACACCAACGAUCCUCAUCGGCCAAGACAAUUGGGAACUGUUACUGGCUAUAGAAGUUCGCCGAGGAUCUUCGUCACAACCAGUCGCGUCGAAAACUCCGCUCGGGUGGGUGCUGCAUGGAGCGUCCACUCGCAGUCUCGGCCAUCAAGUCCACCAUGUAUAUCAUAUACGUGAGGGGGCCGAGGAUAGAAUAGAAGAGGAAUUAAGAAGAUAUUUCUCUAUAGAAUCGCUGGGCGUGCUACCAAGGAAAACGCGCGCCGACCCUCAAGAACGAGCACUACAAAUACUACAGAAGAAGACUCGCGCUCUGCCAGAUGAGGGAUAUAGUACAUCGCUACUGUGGAAAACAGAUAAAGUCGAGUUGCCGAACAACUACGAUGCGGCGCUCAACAGGCUGUACAGCACAGAGAAGAAAAUAGAUAGGAAUCCACAGCUGAAAGAAGAAUACGAGCGACAAAUAGCACUCCUAAUAGAAAAAGGCUACGCGGAAGAAGCCGCCACCACAGCAUCGGGCGCCCGCACCUGGUAUCUUCCACACUUUCCCGUGCUUCAUCCAGCUAAGCCGGGGAAAGUUCGUCCAGUCUUCGAUGCAGCCGCUCGCGCCAGGGGGACGUCACUCAACGAUCAUCUGCUGACCGGUCCGGACUUACUUCAAUCGUUACCAGGGGUGUUAAUGCGAUUCAGACAACAUCCAAUAGCCGUCGCCGCAGAUAUAGAAGAAAUGUUUCUACGAAUAGAAAUCAACGAAGAAGAUAGAGAUGUCCUGCGGUUCCUGUGGCGACAACACCGGCGGGAGGGACCACCCCGCGAAUAUAGAAUGAAGGCAGUGAUCUUCGGCGCCGCCUGCUCACCGUGCAUCGCUUUGUACAUCAAGAACCACAACGCAGAACAACACAAGGAACAAUAUCCAAGAGCAGCCGACGCAAUUAUCCAUAACCACUAUAUGGAUGAUUACCUUCAAAGUUUCCAAACGGAGGAAGAAGCUAUGAAAAUCACCCAUGAAGUUGACACCGUACAUAGGAAAGCAAAAUUCCACUUAAGGAAGUGGACAUAG